UGUCGUCGAGACACGUUUUAAAAUACUUCAGAAGAGCGCUGCAAAUUUCAGUCAAACUAGAAAAGCUCCAAAGCCGACUGCAGUUCCCCGUGAACUUUCGUUAUUUCCUCAUUCUGAGUUAUUUUUCAACUCAAAAAUCUUCAACUCGGAUUUGAGUGAUUUUAGUUGUUCUUAACUGCUUCAUCAACCGUACUCUCAUGGCAGCUAUUCUUGUGGUUCGAACGGAGGUUCAAUCGAAAGUGUGGCAUUCAGGGCAUUUACUAACUUGAACCUCAUAUAUUAGAUGUUCGAUUUGGUCCGGUACUGAUUAAAUACAACUAACGUCAUGACACGCGUAUCUGGUCUCCUGUUCGUCCUUGUUGUGGUUUUAAGUUUUUCGGAAGGAGUGGAAAAUUUAACCGAGCUUGAGUGGUGGGAAACAACGCUCCUCUAUCAAAUUUAUCCCCUAUCAUUUAGAGACUCAAAUGGAGAUGGCCACGGUGAUUUAAAUGGGAUUUAUGAGAAACUGGAUCACCUCAAAGAAAUAGGCGUGGAUGCUGUUUGGAUUCAACCUUUUUACAAAUCACCGAUGUUUGAUAUGGGCUACGAUAUUUCGGAUUAUAAAGAUGUUGAUCCCCUUUUCGGAACCAUCGACGAUUUCAAGAGGUUACAGAAGGCAAUCAAAGACAAAGGAAUGAAGUUAAUCGUGGACUUCGUACCAAACCAUACAAGAGAUCAAAGUGAGUGGUUCAAACUCUCCGAACAACGCGUGGAACCCUACACGGAUUAUUACAUUUGGAAGAACCCAAAACGCAUCAAUGAUACUCAUACAACAGUCCCGAACAACUGGAAAAGUUUCUUUGCUUGGACCGCAUGGACAUGGAGUGAAAAACGAAAACAGUACUACUUUCAUCAGUUCUCUCCGCAGCAACCGGACUUAAAUUUCCGCAAUCCUAAAGUGAAAAAGGAAAUGGAGGAAGUUUUGCGGUAUUGGCUGGAUUUGGGGGUGGAUGGAUUCCGAGUGGACGCAGUGAUUUGUUUGUAUGAAGCCGAGCAUUUUAUGGACGAACCGCCAGGUUUUGGCUGGGAUUCUCGCACUUACACCAUUGAACAGCCGGAAAACGUUGAGUUGAUCAAGGAGUGGAGAGCUCUCCUAGAUGAGUACUCUAAGAAAGAUGGGCGGUCCAGAUUACUGUCUAUUGAAAAUUAUGGCCCACCUCCGAAACUUUUGGAGUAUUUUGGGAACAAGACACAUCCUGGAUCUCAUAUUCCGUUUUACUACUUCUUAACAUUUGCAGAAAACGAGUGGAAUGCAACGGUCUUAGAUUUUUUUAUUCACUGGCAGACGGAUGUUCUCCCAAGGAGCUCCUACAAUUGGGUGCUUGACAACCACGACAACCAUAGAACAAGUUCACGACUUUUCGACGAGAGUGUGGACGUGUGGAACAUGAUCGUCCUGCUGCUGCCGGGACUUGCGAGUGUGUACUACGGGACCGAGCUCGGAAUGGAAGACCUGAAACUUCGCAGGGAUCAGGGCCAGGAUCAUUUCAACGGAGGUCUUGGGCGCGUUGACCGAAGGGACGCCUAUAGGGGACCCAUGCUCUGGGACGACACCGAAAACGCAGGCUUCACAUCAGGGGAAAAGCCUUGGUUGCCCGUGCAUCCAAAUUUCUGGCGGACGAAUGUCAAUGCUCAAAAACGGGACCCGAAAAGUCACCUGAAUACAUUCAAACGGCUUGCAGCUCUGCGAAAGACUCCUAUUAUGACACACGGUGACUUCCAUACACACGUUGUCAGAACUUGGGUGCACAUGUUCACAAGAUCACUGGAAGAUGAAACCAUCGCGGUACUGGUUAACAUGGGCUCAGAGACGGAGGAAAUUUGCACCAAACAUGUUGGAUGUCAAAUACCCGGUAACAUGUUUGUGCAGACUCGUAGUGAAAAUUCUGAACUGAAUAUUGGGGACAAGGUUUUUUCAAACUCAAAAAGCAGCAGAUGCAUCCAUAUGAGGCCAUACUCAGGGCUGGUUUUGAGCACGAGCGGAGCAGUUUCAGUAUAUUACUCGAUUUUCAUUCUCCUUUUUGCAAUUUUCUCCAAUUUCAUUUCGUAAAAUUAUUUAGAAGUAAAAACGUGAUUAAUAAAGUGUAAAUGCAUUGCCAUUGUCUCUCUCCAUCAA